AUGGACUGGGGCACCCUGCACACUUUCAUCGGGGGCGUCAACAAACACUCUACCAGCAUCGGGAAGGUAUGGAUCACCGUCAUCUUCAUCUUUCGGGUCAUGAUCCUCGUGGUGGCUGCACAGGAGGUGUGGGGGGAUGAGCAGGAAGAUUUCGUCUGCAACACUCUGCAACCAGGAUGCAAAAAUGUGUGCUAUGACCACUUCUUCCCAGUGUCCCACAUCCGACUGUGGGCGCUGCAGCUCAUCUUCGUGUCCACACCCGCCCUGCUGGUGGCCAUGCACGUAGCCUACUACAGACACGAGACGGCCCGCAAGUUCAGGCGGGGAGAGAAGAGGAAUGAGUUCAAAGACAUCGAAGACAUUAAAAAGCAGAAGGUCCGGAUAGAGGGCUCCCUGUGGUGGACAUACACCAGCAGCAUUUUCUUCCGCAUCAUCUUUGAGGCAUCCUUCAUGUAUGUGUUCUACUUCCUCUACAACGGUUACCACCUGCCCUGGGUGUUGAAAUGUGGGAUCGAUCCGUGCCCCAAUCUGGUGGACUGCUUUAUUUCCCGACCCACCGAAAAGACUGUGUUUACCAUUUUUAUGAUUUCUGCGUCCGUGAUCUGCAUGCUGCUGAACGUGGCCGAGCUCUGCUACCUGCUGCUCAAAGUGUGUUUCAGGAGGUCAAAGAUGGCAAAGGUGCAGAGAAACCACCCCAAUCACACCCUGAAAGAGAGCAAGCAGAAUGAGGUGAAUGAGCUGAUCUCAGACAGCGGGCAAAAUGCAAUCACAGGCUUUCCCAGUUAA